AUGUGGGGGACUCCGGGCCUGGUGCGGAGCAUCCGUCCCUACCCGACCAGCCAGCAGUACCUGUACGCCAUGAAGGAGGACCUGGCGGAGUGGCUGAAGGAGCUGUAUGACCUGGACAUUGGGGUGGGCACCUUUGUGGAGGUGCUGGAAACGGGGGCUGUGCUCUGCUCCCACGCCAACAACGUCACCCAGGUGGCCGGGGAGUUCGCCCGCACCUACCCCGACGUGGCCCGUCACCUCCGCCUGCCCACUGCCGGUGUCACCUGCAACCUCACAGCACAGCCGGGCACCUUCCAGGCCAGAGACAACGUCUCCAACUUCAUCCAGUGGUGCAGGAAGGAGAUGGAUAUCAAAGAUGUGCUGAUGUUUGAGACGGAGGACCUGGUGCUGAGGAAGAACGAGAAGAACUUCGUGCUGUGCCUGCUGGAGCUGGCACGUCGCGCCUCCCGCUUCGGCAUGCGCGCCCCGACCCUGGUGCAGAUGGAGGAGGAGAUCGAGGAGGAGCUUCGCCAGGAGCUGGACCUGCCCCCCACAAACACCCCCCUGCCCCGGCCCCCCAGGAAACCACGGGACCUCAACAACCUCGACCAGAUGGUCCAGCACCUGGUGAGCCGCUGCACCUGCCCUGUCCAGUUCCCCAUGAUCAAGAUAUCCGAAGGGAAAUACCGCGUGGGCGACUCCGACACCCUCAUCUUCGUCCGGAUCCUGCGGGAGCACGUCAUGGUGCGGGUCGGGGGCGGCUGGGACACCCUGGAGCACUACCUGGACAAGCACGACCCGUGUCGCUGCACCUCCCUCUCUCACAAACAAACCUGUAAAACCAGGAGCCCGCAGCAGCAAGUGCAGCACGAGGUCUGGCUGUGCCCGGCCUCGAAGGCGGCCGCCCGUGGUCCCCAUCCCACGCUGCUGGUCAGCCGCUCCCAGAGCCCCCUGCCCCCCGUCACCUGGGGGUCCCGUGUCCCUCCUCGCCCCCAGUCCCCUGCCACCCCCUCACCACAGAGCUCGGGUCACCCACAGGGUGCCAGCCCUCGCCGGGAGCCAGCACAGCCCCGGAGGGUCCCUUCCAGCAGGCAGCCACCACCAUCCAGGGCUCCUGCUCGACCCAGCUCCCCUGGCCACGGGGUGACGGGCCGGGCACCCACCCCUUCCCGGCUGACCUUGCCAAACGGUGUGGGGGUCCCUAAGGCACCACAUGGGAGCACCCCAGGGAAAACCCCCGUGGCACUGGCACGGGGCAGGUCCACAGCACCCAGCCCACGGGUGACACCAGCACGUCCAAGAAGCACCCAGCAAGGAGGAGAAUCACCUGUGGUGGCUGCCAGGCCACAGGAAACAGGGGUACCCGCCACAGUGACACCCCGUGCCCCCAGCCCCUUCAAGGGCUGUGGCCCCUCCUCACACCGAGGUGCCCAGGGAGAUUCACAGAGACAGAAAAGCCCACGGGAAGGGAGACGGGGAGCCCUGAGCCGGGGCCAAUCCCCCUCACCCCGAAAUUCCUCCAGCCAGCCCCCAAAACAGAACAGCAGCGUUAAAACCCCCAUCAAAGCCAGCCUGGCCACCUCCCGGCCCCCCACCCCUCUGGCCCAGUUUGCAGAGGGGUGCAAAGUCUGUGCUGCUGGAGGUGGUCCCCAGGGGACACAGCAGUGCCACCCAGCCCUGAACCCAAGGGCUGGGGGUGCUGAGGGACCUGGGGUGCCAGAGGAUGAACUGAGGGGAGCCUGUGGCCCUGGUGAUGGGAGCAAGGGUCCUCGGGGGUGCUGGGGGCACAAACAGCCCCCCGGCUAUGACAGGGUGGUGGAGGAGCUCUCCCGCAGGCAGCAACCCCUGUGCCCUGUGGGGCUGGGGAGACAGGUCCCCAAAAUACCGCCACGAGCUGCCCCACAGCCCCCCACCCUCCCAGCCAGGGGGGAAGCAGAGGGGCCGGGAGUGGGGUCCCAGACUCCACAAGGAGUGAGGGCCAACAACGUCCCCAAGCCCCGGCGGUGUCUGAAGAAGCCUGAGCGUGUGCCCUCCAUCUACAAGCUGAAGCUGCGGCCCAAGGUGCGUCCCCGGCGGGACCACAGGCCAGGCAAGCGCCCCUCGCGCAUCCCCACCCCGCUGGGGCAUCGCCCACCUGCCCGCCGGGGCCAGCAUCGCCCCCCGGGGCCGCCCAGACCCCCCCCGCCCGGCAGCACACGCCCCCCGGCCAAGCCCUCCCCGGCCGACUGCAGCGCCUGGCUGACCGAGGAUGAUGAGGAGUCCUGGGUCUGAGCCCUCCCCGAGUGCCGGUGGGGACGGACCCCUCACUCCAAAAACGGGAGUGGUGCUGAAGCUGGAGCUGCAGUGCCCGAGGUUGGCAUGGGCGGCGUGAUAGGGUUACUCCCAGGCAGCCCGGGAGUCCUCCCGCCUCGCUCUUCGGAGCUACACGCCCUCCUUCCCUGUGGAUUUUUUUUUGUACUGGUAACUCUUUGGAUAAACAGGCGCUUUUGUGCUGGUUUGGGUGGAAAAAUCCAGCCCCGAAUUGAGAGCGUGGGAUGCUUUCUGCAGGGAAGAGGGGUGUAACCCCCACUAAAGCAGGGACACCCCACCCCUGGCAUCCAAAGGUGUAAAACAUCUCAAACCUCAGACUUCCCCGUCUGUACCAUGGGACUAAUGAGCCUUAUGUCUCACAGCUCCAAGAGCCUGAAUGAGUGAGUCACUCGGGUUGGGGGGUCACUGGAAGGGCCCCUUGCUGACCCCCACGAGCUUUCUUGUGGGUGAAGGUGGGAGAACCAGAGGGGUCAUGGUGGUGGCUGUCCCUGAGGGUCAUGGGGCCACACCCCGAGUCUGACCCAGCAAUGCUGUUUGUGCAAUAGAGAUGGACCAAAGCUCUUCUGUUUCCACACUUUUUUUUUUGUGUGGGUGAGGAGGGAGAGAGGAUAAUCCUGAUGGGGGAGUCACGGCUGCCAGUCUGCUCCCUGUGGGCACAAAGAAUGUCCCUCCAGGAGCCCCACGGGGGCCA